CCCACAGCCCGCAUUACGCACUCUGUUCCAUCCCGUCCCUCCCAUCGUCCUCGUGCUCCCUUCGCUUCUUCCCACGAUUCUUCUCCACCACUUCUUCCUUCUUCUUCUUCCUCUCCAUCUCAGACGCAGGCUUCCUCCCGCCGCCUUUCCUUCUCCAGCCACUCGUCUCCACCUGUUUGAUUGAUUUCCUCUCGAAUUAGUAAAUUGGGUUCGUUCCAAGGUUCCUUUAGUUCCGGCCGACCCAGAAAGUAAACUUCCAUCUUCAAUCUCUAUAUCACUUCCAAUGGAAGGGUUUGGAUUCAGCGAUGCCAGUAGUGCUGUGAGGAAGAAGAGGAGCAGUACAUCACGUCGCCCUCGGCCGGACUCUCAGCUGCCUUCUGAUUACCACGACAUGUCUUCCUUAUCGUCCACCCCACCUUCAGAAAAUAAUGCGAUGAAAGCUGAAGAUGGAGGGUUUGUGGAGUCAGAUGAAGCUUCCAACAACGGCUCAUUAACUUCUUUUCGUGGUAGUAAUGAACAGAGGCACGGUGUGGCUGAUUCCCGGAGGUGCAGUGAAGGGGUACUUGCGCCAGUGAAUUGGAAGAAUGCUAGUGGGAACUUUGAAGCUGCUUCAGAUGGAGGAGGCGCUAAUGGUAACAAGGUUAAAAAGGUUAAGCUUAAGCUUGGGGGUGUUACUCGGACGAUCAAUGCUAAUUCUGCAUCGGAUGGUGCGUCUGCUGUUGGGCCUUCUUCCACCAAAUCUUCUCAUUUCCCAGGUUCAGAACAGAAGCCUGCAAAGGACAGUGUAGUUGAACAUAACCGUUCCAUUACUUCGGAUAGGGGGAGUGGCUCACGAGGAGUAUGGAAGGAAUUGCCUAAAAGUGGCUCAAGUGGUGGCAAAGGCGAUGCGGUCAGGGUUAAGACACCUGAUGAAAAUCGCCCCUCACCAAAGCAGACAGAUAACAGCUAUGAGCCUGUCCGUAAGAGCAAACGUGUCCCAAAGAGACGUCUAUUAGAUGGGAUGUUCGAUGAUGGGGGCGAGGAGGAUGAUGAGAUUCGAUACCUUGAGAAGGUCACUUAUGGUAUGGAAUUUGAAGAUGAGGAUGAAGCUGGAAGCAGGAAGAAGCGGAGAUUAUCAAAGGUAAUGAAAGCGAACGUCAACGUUGUACAUGAUGCUGAUGCUCGAGGCUCAUCGAGGUCGGGCAAAGAGGCAAAGAAGUCAAAGUCAGGCAAGGUCUCUGGAGACACUGAUUAUAUGGAUGAUGACGAAUUGGCUUCAGAAGGUGAGCCAAUGGCUAAGAAGAAGAGACUGAGGAAAGAGUUGGCUGACAUACCUGUUGUUGAACCGAAGAAGGAAAUUACGAUUACCACUCGUCAGAGGGCUCUUCAAACUGGCAAAGAUGCAUCUACUGAUGUGGGUGCUGGCUUGAUUGAGUUCCCUAAUGGACUGCCUCCAGCGCCUCCAAAAAGUUAGUCAUGGCUUCACAUCUUUUGAGUAAAUUUUCAGUUGAUUAUGCAUACUCAUAACCAAUUCUCUUGAUUUGUAUGCUACCAGAACAAAAGGAGAAGCUCUCUGAAGUGGAGCAACAACUAAAGAGAGCUGAGGCGCUUCAGAGGCGUAGAAUGCAGGUGGAAAAGGCAGCUAGGGAGUCUGAGGCUGAGGCAAUCAGAAAGAUUCUGGGCCAAGAUUCGAGCAGGAAGAAGCGUGAAGAGAAAGUAAAGAAGCGGCAAGAAGAAAUAGCCCAGGAGAGAGCUGCAAACGCCAUGGUUCUCCCAUCUGACCGAGUGAGAUGGGUAAUGGGUCCUUCUGGGACAGUAGUAACAUUCCCUGAAGAGGUCGGUCUUCCCAGCAUAUUUGAUCCCAAGCCUCAAAGUUAUCCUCCAGCAAGAGAGAAAUGUGCUGGACCAUCCUGUCCCAAUCCAUACAAGUACAGAGAUUCCAAGUCCAAGCUUCCACUUUGCAGUCUGCAAUGUUAUAAGGCGAUCCGUGCAUGAUAAGGAAUACCAUCUUCUUCCUGAUUAAUCAUAAUAAUUGACUCCGAGUGUUGAUAGCAUGAGAUCAUUAGCUGAUUUGUUGUCUAAUUAGCAUCUCAGUUAUAGUAAAUGGUAAAUAAUGAUAUUGUUAUUGUUAUCUUUCACCAAUUCUUGUAAUUUUUUCCAGCUCCUGUGAUUUUGCUCUCUUGUAUAUGUAAUAUGUAUAUGAUGGCAAGUCAAGAAAGUUUAAGUUGCAUUAAUCUACCUCUGUCGCACGACCCUAUCACUACGGUGGCCAAGACAUGGAGAAUUUUGCUGAAGUUCAUCACCAUGUUCUUUGAUCUAUCUUUCCAGUUCAUGUUAUCUAUGGUUAACGAUAGAUAACAUGAACAUGG